AUGGCCCUCCAUCGCUUACGUGGCAGAGAAGAUGUCAACACAGAGCGGAGCAAAGAGUUGAAGGCCGAUGACCACAACAACGAGCGCGGCUCAAAAAGAAACAACAAACAGAUCAAGAUCAUACAACUCCCGCAAAAAAAAUACACUUCUUAUGGUCCGACUUGUCACUAUCGAUCUUCUGACACUGACUCAUUUUUCUGCAUUCUUUUAUUUUCGUUCAAUUAUUUGAAAAAAUUUUUUACUCUCUAAAAAGACACGAACGCUGCAGACGAGGAAGAUUAUAGUGAUGAGGAGGAUGCGGCAUUGCUGACUGCUCAAUCUGCUGAGAUCCGCGGUUGCUCUACUGAGACCCCGGUUGAAGACCAGAUGAUGCCCUAUCAAGGUGUGACAAAUCCUGAAAAUAUAAUUUCAGAAAUGUUUCAAAAGAACAUGUAGCUGGAUGUUCGUCUUCAUAAACUAUAAUGCAAUCGUUAUGUUUUGGCUUUUUCUUCUAGUCGCCAGGAGCGACUAAGUAUGUUCUCUCUUUUUUUUUCUUUCUGCAGCUUGCUAUUGUUCAGAAUAUUCAUGAUUCAUCCUUAAAAAAGAGAAAAAGCAGAAGCACUACGCAAGAACAAGAAGACUACAGCAAUAUGAAGUCUUUGCUUGAUGACUAGAGCAGCUACUACUUUACUUACUUGAUGAGCAGGUGGGUGAAGUUGAAGACACAUGACGAAAACGGUGAAUGAGUACGUUUCCACGGCUUUUGAUGCUAAAAAAGUGAACACUCCCGUCCAAAACGGUCAACAUGCGUACUCUUUCUAUUUCAACAUUCUCACUUCAAAUAUGACAUCUCAUCCACUCGCUCCCACUCCCCACUCCCCUCCCGAGGAAAAGACUGAUGAAAAACACGUUGUCCCCAUCAUGCCUUUGUCCCCUUGAAUUUUUGUACCCUAAAAUUGAAAUUGACGGGUCCGCCGAUGACGAUGCC